AUGGCGCAAGAAAGUCACAGACGCAAACGGUUCAAGCUGGACGAGCCUGGUGAGACUACGUUACCUUUGAAAAGCAAGUCGGUGAACGUGGGAGCUCAAAGAGCCAAGAGUCAGCAAAAAAGACGGCGUGUAGAGCCAGAGAGUGUUUUUGACCAUGAACACGUUAGCAUAAGAUUAGCCGACGAUAAUUGGGAAUCCGUCGCCCCCAAAAACGAUAGAGUCGUGCAGGCGAAGGAGACGCGGGCGGCGGUCCUACCGUCAGACUUGGCAGGUAAGCAAAAACAAUCAGUGCCACCGCCUCGGCGGCUAAAAAUUAAAACCACGGGAAUAGAGUUCCAAGAGCAUUUUCUGGACGCAGACCGCUCGAUACAACUUGACGACUUUGAUCAGCCCCCCGACUCUACCUCGACUCCGCUUUUGGGAAGUCCACGGUCUGGAUCGACGAAUUUCGAGCCCUGGGUUGUGGAAGAGCCCUGGGGAAUUGAUGAUUCCUGGCUACGCCACGAACUAGCCACUGCUCCAGUAGAGCCGUACAUGAGACCCGUUUGGCAUCCUGGGCAGUCGUAUGGCAUUCCAAUGGCUCCCGGGUAUGUUAUGGCACACGGAUCGGCGCCACCUGGCAAUAGCUCUGUGCUCUUAAAGGAGUACGAUUCGCCGCUGAAGCAAAGGGGUAUCAUGUUCUAUCCACCAGUCUAUGCGGGUGGUCCUAGUACCGAAGCAUAUCCCUGGUAUUCAGUGGGGGAUACAUAUAAAUCUCCCAGAGCUGGAACAGUCGGAAAGAAACAUGGCGGAUUGAGAAGUCGCAACUCUAGUCGGUCAAGCUUCAAGUCAAGCGGCGGCGACGCUACUUGUCCUUCUAUCAGCCGUUAG